CUUUCUUUCCCUCUCUUCUCCUCCUCCUCCAAUUUCUUCUUCUUUCCUUUACUUUUUAAUCAUUUACUCCACUCACACCUUUAUUGACUUCCUGUUUUACUUACAUCCUAAUCCUAAAGACUAGUUGUCCCUGCCUCCACCCUUCUCCUCAUCAUCAUGUCUGAACCUGUAGCCAUCGCCACCUCACCAGAACAUAUUCCGGGGGUGAUAAUUGUCGGUGCUGGUAUCGGAGGCUUGUUGCUCGGUACAAUCUUAGAAAGGCUCGGAUAUCCGUAUCGUAUUCUCGAACGGGCUACAGAAAUGCGAUCACUAGGAUCUGCCAUGACAUUAUCGGCAAGUGUGUUGCCAGUCUUUGAACAGCUCGGACUGUUGGAGGAACUGAAAAAGAUUUCAUUCCCUUGUUACUUGCUUGACUUUUACACCUCCAACCGAGGUUUCUACGGCGCCAUCAAUAUGGAGACUCGGAAAGGCUAUACAGGAUAUGAUACCUACAUCUUCUCUCGCCCAGAACUGCACGAGCUCCUACGAAAACAGAUCCCAGAGCACAAAAUCAGCCUUGGUAAACGAGUGCUCCGGACCGAGGAAAUAGGCGGAAGAGUGUCGGUGCAUUGUGGAGAUGGGACUACAUGGGAAGGCGAUAUCCUUGUAGGUGCAGAUGGCGCUUACAGUGGAGUCCGCCAAAGCCUAUAUAAGCGUUUAGAGGAACAAGGUAUUAGUCUUCCAAAAGGUGAUUCAGAGGACUUUACAAUUGCCAACCUCUGUAUGGUCGGAGUAUCAGAGCCACAAAACCCUGCAAAGUAUACUAUACUCAAGGAUGAGUUUUCACAUUUCUCAACAACCUUUGGAAGCAAGGGUGUGUGCAGUGUGGUGAGUGUUCCUGGAAAACGUGUAUGCUGGUACCUGAACAAGCAGCUCACAGCAGCUGAAGCCAAGACCCAAAAGUUCCGAAACACAGAAUGGGGUCCUGAAUCGAUCGAUAGUAUGAUCAAAGAGUUUGAGAAUGUUUCCUGUCCAUGGGGGGGAAAUAUGGGUGAGAUCAUUCGCGCAACCCCCAGAAACUUGAUCUCGAAGGUCUUUUUGGAAGAAAAGGUUUUCCAAACUUGGUUCCAUGGUCGAACUGUCCUCCUCGGCGAUGCAUGCCAUAAGAUGCUUCCAGGAGCUGGUCUAGGCGCAGUGAAUGCGAUGCAAGAUGCGAUUGUGCUAGCCAACUGUAUCUACAACAUGGAAGAUAACAGCCUCAAAAGCAUUACAGCUGCCUUCCAGGACUACUAUCGCCAACGUUACUCUCGCGCAGUGCAAUCAUUCCAGAAAAGUGCUACAUGGUCUCAAGUUUCCUACGGUCUGACAUGGAAGGAGCGUUUGAUGCGCCAAGUGAUGAUGAACUGCAUCCCAUCCUGGGUGCACCAACGAGCAGAGGCAAAGGACGCUGCAUAUCGUCCCCAAAUCGCAUGGCUUCCACUCAUCCCUGCCCGUGGCUCUCUAGCCAUGCUUCCCCAGGAAUGCAAACGAGUAGAAGAUAAGAAGACUGCCGUAGCUGUAUAAUUACUAAAAGAAAAAAGAAAUAAAGGAUCUAGUUCAGAGGUG